ACCAGCCGCUGUCUCUUCCCCCCACUCCUCGACUCGCUCUCGCUUCCGAAGCAGCGGCGGCGGCGGCGGCGAGGCGAGAUGGCGGCGGCGGCGUUGGCGGGGAUGGACGCGCGGGGGUGGGACGAGGCGGCGUACAGGCGGGGCAUCCUGCGGGAGCGGGACCUCUCCUGCCGCACCCUCUUCCGCGCCGUCUUCUUCGACCACCACGACGACGACCCCGACGUCCUCCUCGCCGCCGCCUCCAGCGACGGCUCCCUCGCCUCCUUCUCCCUCUCCUCCUGCAUCUCCUCCUCCUCCUCCCAUCCCACCCCACAGACCCACCCGGAUGCCGCGGUCUCUCUGGUUGAUCCCGUCUGCAUCGUCCAAGCGCACAGUGGCCCGGCCUACGACGUCAGGUUCUACCCGGAUUCGCAGCAGCCGCUGCUCUUCAGCGGCGGGGAUGACGGGCGCCUUCGGGGAUGGAGAUGGCACGAGAUGCAGAGCUGCCUUGUGCCGCUAUCUCUGCAAGGGGAUCAUUUGGAGCCAGUACUUGAUUUGGUGAACCCUCAGCAUGAGGGUCCUUGGGGUGCUCGCUCUCCAAUACCUGAAAACAACGCCAUUGCGAUUAACAAACAGGAAGGAUCUGUUUAUGCAGCGGCCGGGGAUGCAUGUGCUUAUUGCUGGGAUGUGGAGAGUGGUAAAUGUAAAAUGACCUUCAAGGGACAUACUGACUAUUUGCACAGCAUUGCAGUCCGCGAAGCGAACCGCCAGGUAGUUACAGGAUCAGAGGAUGGCACAGCCCGUAUCUGGGAUUGCAGAAGUGGAAAGUGCACUCAGGUUAUACGUCCGGUGAAAAACAAGAUUUUUGAGGGGUCAUGGGUCAGUUGUGUUGCCAUUGAUGCAAGUGAAAGCUGGCUGGCUUGUGGUACUUCUAGUGGUAUAUCAGUUUGGAGCCUUCUUUCAAAUGAGUGCAUCUUUAAUGUGGAUUGCCAUGCUCCUGUUCAAGAUUUGCUGUUUGACAGAAACCAAAUCUUAGCAGUCGGUGCUGAACCUCUGCUCUCUCGUUUCUCUAUCAAUGGGACUCUUCUUUCACAAAUCAAGUGUGCUCCUCACUCAGCAUUUUCUGUCUCCAUACAUUCUUCAGGGAUGGCAGCUGUUGCUGGAUAUGGAGGCCUUGUGGAUGUAAUAUCACAAUUUGGGAGUCAUUUGUGCACUUUUGGCUGCCGGAGCCUGGAUAAGUAAGAUCUAUUGGAACAAUUAGCUAAGCACUCUUAAUAGUGUAAAGAACUGGAAAAACACUGCCAAGAUCUAAUUAAGUACUACUACUAGUAAUCAUACACUUGGGAGCUGUUCAGCUGUAACACUAGUUCAUCUCUGUGCUAACUUAUGUAAUUCACAGUUGUGCCGUUGCUGCUCCGAUAGAGAUGACUCUAGAUCCCUUAAGUUUAUUGCUGUUACAAUUUCCCUAAUGAAUUCCCUUGUACGGAUUACCUGCUGGUUGCUGCAA